CUACCUAACGGGCCGCAAAAAGAUCGAGAAUUAGCUAAAAGUUACCUUAUCUGAACUUUCAACACCAAAUCCCUUCCAAAAUGUCCUCAGAACCGCAACCGUCAGAACCCUCGAAAACCCCUCCCUCCUCCUCAACAACCACACCCACACCCUCACCCGCAUCCACAUCCUCAAAUGCCUUCCCGCGCACCAUCGAGAACGACCCGGCGCGCACGGGCUUCGACCCCAAGACGGCGUGGUGGAUCAACUACUUCAAGAUCCUGACGGGCGGGGUGACGGACGAGGGCGUCUUCCACUACCGGGAGUGGCGGUACCGGGUGCACGAGCAGCGCGACUGCGCGCGGUGCGAGGAGUUCCGCGACUGGGCCCUCGCCCACUCCCCCACCGUCCGCUUCAUGCGCGAGAAGAUCGAGGCCCUCAAUGGCCGCCUCGACCGGGACAACGUCGUCUGCCGCCGCUGCCCCGCCCGCCUCACCGACGACGGCCAGGUCCACCGCUCCAGCGGCGGCUUCAGCCCCGACCACGGCAUCCUCAUCUGCGCUAACGAGGUCCGCGAUAGGGGUCACCUCGAGGAUACCCUCGCUCAUGAGAUGGUGCACGCCUGGGACCAUUUGAGGUGGAAGGUCGACUGGGUGGGUGAUAAGGACUUGAAGCAUGCGGCUUGCACAGAGAUCCGAGCAGCAAUGCUAAGCGGCGAGUGCAGAUGGGCCAGAGAGGCCUGGACGAGAGGGAACUGGAAGCUAACGCAGCAGUUCCAAGACUGCGUGCGGAAGCGGGCAGCACAAUCCGUCCUCGCGCGGCCGAGGUGUAAGGACGACGUACAAGCAGUCAAGGUGGUGAACCAAGUAUGGGACUCGUGUUUCUCGGACACGCGGCCCUUCGACGAGGUUUACAGAUAAGAAGAGGUGAAGACACAACCGAAAGAAAAAUAAAAAAAAAAAUAAAACGCUUUGAAACGAACACUGUAUUUUAUCACCUGUACUAUAAUCACCUAACCUAACCUAUCCCUCCCGCAGAUAGAUAGACACAGAGAGAGAGAGAGGAAGACAGAGUCUGGCCAGGCGGCGAAUAAGGUC